UCGCGGGCGGUGGUUGGGCUAGCGCCGCGGGCGCUCGGCGCCUGUGCAGAGUCUGGCGCCUGACUGUCCCCGCCCCCCACCCACCCCACCAACUCCCGGCCGGGUUCAAGGUGCGGUGAAAGUGCCGGGAACCCAUGAAGCGGAACAGCGGGCCGGAGGCUGGGCCGGAGGCGGAGCUGGAGGAGGGGAAGCCCGAGGUGAAGAAGCGGAGACUCCUGUGUGUGGAGUUUGCUUCGGUCGCGAGUUGCGACGCCGCUGUGGCUCAGUGCUACCUGGCGGAGAACGACUGGGAGAUGGAAAGAGCGCUGAACUCCUACUUCGAGCCGAACGUGGAGGAGAGCGCUUCAGAAAGCCGUCCUGAGUCCCCCUCUGAGCCCGAGUCCUGUGUUGACCUAACCAAGGAAGAGACAAAUGAUUCCGUUAGUUCUAAAACCAGCGCAUCUGAAGAUAAAAGUGUUCAGCAAGAAGAUGGCAGCGUAUUCUCUUUCAUUACCUGGAAUAUUGAUGGAUUGGACAUGAACAAUCUGCUAGAGAGGGCUCGAGGGGUGUGUUCAUAUUUAGCUUUGUACAGCCCUGAUGUGAUAUUUCUACAGGAAGUUAUUCCCCCAUAUUAUGCCUACCUAAAGAAGAAAGCAAGUAAUUACGAGAUUAUUACAGGUCGUGAAGAAGGAUAUUUCACAGCUAUAAUGUUGAAGAAAUCGAGAGUGAAGUUUAAAAGCCAAGAAAUUAUUCCUUUUCCAAAUACGCAAAUGAUGAGAAACCUUUUGUGUGUGCAUGUGAGUGUAUCAGGAAAUGAACUUUGCCUUAUGACUUCUCAUUUGGAAAGCACCAGAAGGCAUGCUAAGGAACGAAUGAAUCAGUUGAAAAUGGUUUUAGAGAAAAUGCAAGAGGCUCCAGAAUCAGCUACAGUUAUAUUUGCUGGAGAUACAAAUCUCAGGGAUCAGGAAGUUACCAAAUGUGGUGGUUUACCCAACAACAUUUUGGAUGUCUGGGAGUUUUUGGGCAAACCUAAGCAUUGCCAGUAUACAUGGGAUACACAAAUGAACUCUAAUCUUGGGAUAGCUGCUACUUGUAAGCUUCGUUUUGAUCGAAUAUUUUUUAGAGCCUCGGCAGAAGGUGGCCACAUUAUUCCCCAAAGUUUGGACCUGCUUGGGCUAGAAAAACUGGACUGUGGUAGAUUUCCCAGUGAUCACUGGGGUCUUCUGUGCAACUUAGAUGUAAUAUUGUGAACUGCUUUUCAAAUAUGAGUUUUCAAUGUUUGGAGUGAUUUUGUUCUGUGAUUAUAAUUUCAAUUAUAAUUUCUAUCUGUCCUGGAAAGGUAGUUUAACAAGGAGGAAUUAUAAACUGGAUCAUUGUAACAGAAGGAAAAGCUACUGUGAUUUUACUUUGUGGAUUGUGUCCUCAGAUUUCAGAACUAAAUCUUAAUAUUCAUUUAAACUAAAGCAUACCUGUGUUGAAAACGUGAGGCCUCUUAAUGCAAGGUCACAAUGGCUACCAGAGCUUUUAAUAGUGCUCGUAGCUGCUGGCUGGAUUUCAAGCAGGGCCACAUUUUGUCUGUGGACUAGCCUUUAUAUUAGAUUUAUUUUUUAAAUAAGGUACCAAAAUAGUUAUAUUUUAAAUAAGUCUUCAAAAAAAAAAAUCGGUUACAGAGUCCUUGGGAUUGGAUCUUUUAAUACAAUUUCAUAAAUCCAGAUAAUUUGAUAGUUAUCAUCCAUCAGAUUUUUGGUCAGUUAACAGUACCUAAUUGGUAAGCUAGAAAUGAACUCAUGAUUUAAAAUUCCUUAACUUAAAAAAAUUUGUGUUUGUAGUUAUGUUGCCGAACAGAGGCAAAGUUAGGCUUGAUAAUGAUUAAAGUCCGUUUUCCAGAGGCAUUGGGCUUUUUUUCUUUUUCUUUUUUUUUUUGCACAAGAGAUCUCCUCUGAGUCAUGUGGGAUCUUUUGUUGACCACAUGGACUGUCUAGCUGUGGUGCCCAGGCUUUGCCCCACAACAUGUGGGAUCUUCCCAGACCAGGGACUGAACCCAUGGUGCCUGCAUUGCAAGGCAGAUUCUUAACCACUGGACCACCAGGGAAGUCUCCCAAUGGGCUUUUUUUCUAAGAGAAAAAUAUGUAAAGAGAAAUAGCCAUUUAGUUUUACUGCUUGUAAAACUGAAUUUUUUUCAGGAGGUGAAUAAGGAACACUUCUACAUGUGCUUUAAGGAAACAUGUUUUUUUUCUUCCCCAAGAGAAUAUACUUUAAAUAAAGAAUUUUGCUUGUUUAUAGUUUGUUUUAACCUGCUUUUGUGCUCAUGAUGGAAUUGAAAUUAUUACCUGCUUCCUGUUUCUGGCUCCACAGCUACUGCAGCUUCACCUUUGUGAAGCUUUCUACAUUACUUCUCAUUCUGCCAAGUAUUACCAAGAAUAUAUUGACUUCCUCAGUAUACAGAAAGGAAAACUGGUGGUAAAUAAUUGGAAUGAGAAGUGGCAGAACCUUGUUUUCAUCAGGAGUGUCAAAAUUAACAACUCAAACACCUUAAAAAAGACAAACUGAAUUUAUACAUAUGGUGUGUCAUAAUGGAAAAGAGUUGUAUAUGUUAGUCAUUUAAGAAAAUAAGAAUUAAUGCUAAUCUUUUAGCAUAUAUUAUGAAAGCUAUAGUUCAUUUUUGUGAGAAAAGGAUGUUUGGGGCACAAACUGCUUAUUCACUUGAAAGAAGAAUUAGAAGAACUCUACCACACUUUAUAUUACCAAAAAUAAUCUGGAUAAGUGACAGGCUAAAUAUAAAAAAAAAAAUGUAGUACUGUGUAUUAGAUUAAAUAAUUACCAAAUUGUUUUAAAAACUGGAAAGGAGUAUCAUUUCCUUCAUAUGACUCAGCAUCCAAGUUAAAUACCUUCCCAUUUACUGCUUAUAGUGACAAAAUCUAAGAAACAAGUUAGAAGUGAAUAAGAACGAUAAAACUACUUUUCAUCUGCUUUCCAUAGGCAAAAGUUCUUCAUGCACGAAUAAAGACACUCUAUCUUUUUCUAGUA